GUUCCAUAUCGACCCAGCCCACCCACAGCCUCCCCGGGUGCAGGACAGCAGCGUUUCUGUCGACAAGUAAAUCGUACUCGAUUCAAGGGCACCAGCCGGCUAGGGAAUGAUGGGGUCGUCGGCCCCCGAUCUGGAGCAGGCCUUUUUUAUGAGUUUCAUGAUUGA